GGAGUUUAGACUUACUGGUAACGAGACUGCACCCAAUGCUAAUUCAGUGAAAGAUGUUCUGGUGGCUGCAGUCAACAGCGGGAAUCUAAGUAUCAGGGUCAAUGCCAGCUCCAUCACUGUCAGCGUCCAAGUGACUCCAACCGCUGCCCCAACAACAACCACAGGUGCCAACAGUACAACCACAGCUGCCAACACAACAACCACAGGCGCACCAACAACAACCACAGCUGCUGUUGCUUCGACAACCACAAACUUUUUUCUUCUGGUGUUCAGUUCAGAUGAGAUCUUUGCCAGUAAUCUCUCAGACAACUCCUCAGUGGUUUUCAGUGAUCGGGCUACUAAAACAAAAAAUGAGAUUGAGCCCUUCUAUCGCAAAGCCUUUAAAAGUUUCAUUCAGCUUUUUGUGUUGAAAUUCACACGUGGUUCCAUCAUCACAGACUGCAGAAUGGAGUUUAGACUUACUGGUAACGAGACUGCACCCAAUGCUAAUUCAGUGAAAGAUGUUCUGGUGGCUGCAGUCAACAGCGGGAAUCUAAGUAUCAGGGUCAAUGCCAGCUCCAUCACUGUCAGCGUCCAAGUGACUCCAACCGCUGCCCCAACAACAACCACAGGUGCCAACAGUACAACCACAGCUGCCAACACAACAACCACAGGCGCACCAACAACAACCACAGCUGCUGUUGCUUCGACAACCACAAACUUUUUUCUUCUGGUGUUCAGUUCAGAUGAGAUCUUUGCCAGUAAUCUCUCAGACAACUCCUCAGUGGUUUUCAGUGAUCGGGCUACUAAAACAAAAAAUGAGAUUGAGCCCUUCUAUCGCAAAGCCUUUAAAAGUUUCAUUCAGCUUUUUGUGUUGAAAUUCACACGUGGUUCCAUCAUCACAGACUGCAGAAUGGAGUUUAGACUUACUGGUAACGGGACUGCACCCAAUGCUAAUUCAGUGAAAGAUGUUCUGGUGGCUGCAGUCAACAGCGGGAAUCUAAGUAUCAGGGUCAAUGCCAGCUCCAUCACUGUCAGCGUCCAAGUGACUCCAACCGCUGCCCCAACAACAACCACAGGUGCCAACAGUACAACCACAGCUGCCAACACAACAACCACAGGCGCACCAACAACAACCACAGCUGCUGUUGCUUCGACAACCACAAACUUUUUUUCUUCUGGUGUUCAGUUCAGAUGAGAUCUUUGCCAGUAAUCUCUCAGACAACUCCUCAGUGGUUUUCAGUGAUCGGGCUACUAAAACAAAAAAUGAGAUUGAGCCCUUCUAUCGCAAAGCCUUUAAAAGUUUCAUUCAGCUUUUUGUGUUGAAAUUCACACGUGGUUCCAUCAUCACAGACUGCAGAAUGGAGUUUAGACUUACUGGUAACGGGACUGCACCCAAUGCUAAUUCAGUGAAAGAUGUUCUGGUGGCUGCAGUCAACAGCGGGAAUCUAAGUAUCAGGGUCAAUGCCAGCUCCAUCACUGUCAGCGUCCAAGUGACUCCAACCGCUGCCCCAACAACAACCACAGGUGCCAACAGUACAACCACAGCUGCCAACACAA